CUUUCUGACCUUUAGGGAAUAUUUCCUCAGGUUGUUUUCAUGGAUGAGGUUUUUAAAAUGUUAGAGUUUGUUGUUUCCAGUCUGGUUUUGUUUGUUUUGGGGGCUUUUUAAACUGAGCGCGCGAAACCUCACUGGAAUGUGGCUGUGAGGCGCGUGCGGAGUUAGUGAAAGCACAGCGUCACUGCAGCUCGCGCCUGACAACCAACACCAAGCAACGGCCACCGCCACAGCGCGCGCUGCACCCGCUCAUCUCACCCGCCGGCGCGGAGCAAAGCAGCCCAGAGCGCGUGCAGCCAUCCUGUCACAGUGUGCUGGAAUGCACGAGCUGACACCCAUACACACACACACACACACACAUACACAGAGCUGCUUUUCAGUCAGACAAGAUCAUGAUGGAUGCUGUGGAUCCUGUUCAACACUACCUGGGUAACGCCAUCGAGAUGAACAGACAGCUCCAUGUCUCAGUGCAGAGGAAGCAGGAGGAGAUCUCAGCCCUGAAGGAGAGGAACGCUCAGCUGAAGGAGUUGGUCAAACAGGCCGAGAUUUACGCUGCUGUACUGGACGCCUUCAUGUCACAGCCUGACAAGACCUCAAACUGUGUGGCACACCCAGCUUCAGCUUUCACACCACACUCACAUUCAUAUUCCUUGACUGCUGAGCCAGCUGAAUGGCAUUUCAGUGCAGCUCUACAGCCAGCUUGGCUCGAGUCUCUUCUCAAUCACACACCACCAGAAGAGGAAAAGGAGUGGUCACACAGAACCCUGUCUGAACACACACUGAACACAGGAGUGAAGAGACAAUUAUGGCCAAAUGACGCUGAGUCCAGCAGCGCUGAUAGUCCUGCAGAGUGUCCAGACAAAAAACCCAGACUGGACCAAGAGUUUCUAGCCCAACCUGAACAUCGUUCAUCUGAACAUCUGGCUUCAGAGACGGUGCAGGUUUUCGGAUCCUUCCGCGGCUUACGGGUUUUGAAGGCCACACCCUCUGCGUCCUCUGACCUCGGGAGAGAGGGGAGGUGUGUGUUUUUUAAGACGUCCAUCAGAGAGCACAGCACGGUCCGGACCAGAGUUUUCCCUCACGGCAAAACGUUCACGUCGCACACACCUGACGGAGGCUGUAGGUUCCUCUGGAUUCCCAAACAGAACUGAAACACUUCCUCUAUUCUUGUUUGUUUUAGAUAGCGCACUCUGAAAAAGUCAGAGGCUAUGAUUUCCUAAAGGUUUGUGCAGACUUAACAACAUGAAAGCUAACAGGUCACUGAUGAUUGUGCCUUUCACAUAUGUAUAUGUCUGGUUUUGUGCAUUUGCCUCAUUGUGUAUGAAAUCUGGUGCAUUUAUAGCUGCAAGUGCAAAAUACAGGGUCGUUAGUUCAUUUAUAAAAAUUGUAAUAGCUGGAAAAUGGCAGUGGCAUAAGAGGAAUAAAACACUUCCUGUUAUUGGAAAUUAAUCAGCUUUGGGGUGAUAACAGUAAUUAGUCUUUUCAUCAGGCCACAUCACACCACCCUGUCGUUGAUUAUUUUCCUAAAACAGCACACCACCAAGUGUUUUAUGCUUUAUAAGAGCACAGCCGUC